GAAAUCAGGAAGGGGGCAAACACUUUUUCACACAACUGUAUGUAAAAUGUUGUUUUGUGCGUGUGCACUUCCAGGUUGCUGUACGCUGGCUACCGUCUGAUGGGGGUGAACAGUGUUACCAGUAAGGGCUGGCAGCUCCUCACCCAGCAGGUGUGUCUGCUGGAUCCCAUCACAGGAGCAUUGAGGACAGUGAACAUCCCCUUCCAUCUGGCCCUCAGUGACAAGAAAAGCGAGCGAGCCAAGGAUAUGCACCUGAUAAAAAGACUGACCACUAUACUGAGGAGCAGAGAGGUGGAGCCUGACAUUUUGGAGAGCGAAGCCAAAAGUGUGUUGCUGGAUAUCAAACACCCCGCCAUUAAGAAGCAGGCUUUGGAGUCUCUGCUGUCAAACAAGAAUGCUCCUGUCUCAUGUCUAACUAACAUCACAUGCGCCUUACAUGACACUCUGAAGCAACAAGACCCUGAGGAAGUGGAUGCAGCAUUACUCCAGCUCUGCUCCUCACAGCUGAAAUUGCUUCAGCUCUAUACCGACAUCCAGAACCUGCACUCUGGUGCAGACAGAGAGGCCUGCUCUGAAAAUGACUCACUCGAAGGCAUAGAGGAUGAGUUGUCCCGCGUUGGCCCCACCUUGCAACGCUACGCCCAGCUCACCGCGAGACCAAGUGUUUCCUUCGCCCAGGACUCACCUGACUCAUCCAUGCCAGCCCAAGCCUUUCUCUCCCAGAUGGAGUGCACCGAUGAUGAGGGGUUGAGGGUCAUCCGCGGCUCUGAAACCAAAUGGAAUCAUCUAGGGAAUUUUAUGUUCUGGGGUUGUCUGUGUGGAAAGAGCCCCCCCCAUAAAGUCUGUGACACACUGCAGCAGGCUGGCAUCAGUCCACAGCAGCUGCUGUCUCUGUUGCUAAGUGUGUGGUUGCAAAGAGAGAAGGAGGUGCUACAGAAACCAGAAGAGGCCGUUAGAAAUCUACACAUACUACUCAUCGCCCUCAGUGACAUGAAAGGAGCAAUUGAGGAGUCGUGGGACCCCCAGUCCAUCUCUCCCUGGUGGCAGCAAGUUCGCUGCACAUGCAUCCAGUCCCACAAUGCUGCGGCUGCUCUGCUGGCCGCCUUCGUUGCUCACCGUGCUGCCAAGGCGAGCAUCACAAGCCGGGCUGACAGCAAGUUUCAGUCAGAGUGGGAGGCGGUGUCCCUAGAGCUGGAGCAGUGGGUGGUGUGUGUUCACCAGCUGGAGGACGUGCUGGUGCUGCAGACUCUGCUGUUGGUGCCUCCUCCUCAGGGAGCAGCAGGGGGCGCUGCAGCUCAGUGCUCUAUCAAAACGCUGCUGGAGGGAGGCACAGGUGGCAUUGCCGACAGUGUCUCCAAGUGGGUGUUCAGACACAACUUGGCCCCUGAGCGACUGAAGGAAAUUCUCCAAAAGAGAGAAGACGAAGAGGCAGACGAAGAACUAGAGCAGAGGGCUGGAGAAGAAGGAAAUGAGCAGCAGGAGGAGGAGAAGAGCCAAGAGGACACAGACAGGACAGCAGAUCAAAUCCAAGUCAAACAAAGUCCACUGUGUUUUCCAGAGCUGUUGGUGGCAGUGAGCCAGCGGUUCCCACACUCCCUCUCACCUGACUUGCUCUUCACCCACUGCUGCUGGGAAUAUGUAGUGCAGUGGAACAAAGACCCCGAGGAGGGCCGAUACUUGUGGUUGGCUGUUGAACAUUUGAAGCUAGUCUCCUGUCCAUAUAUCCAUCUAGGUAUUUCUGCCAUGAUGUGGAGUACUUUCAUUGUCAAGCGUUUCUCAGCAGCAGCCUUCCUAAUGGAGAAGGUGGGGAAGGCACCCAAAGAUCGCUUAUGUCGACGGGAUGUUGGGAUGGGAGACAAAGCCGUGACGUCGUUCCUGGGCUGCUGUGUCCAGCUGCUGCAGAUCCUCAUGGAGGCGGACUCGGCGGUGGAGGACGUUACCCCUCCGGAGCUGUCCGUGGAGGAGGCGUGGUGCGGGGCUGAAGGCCCUGCGUCCCUCGUUGAACUCGCUGAACUGGGCCUGGGGCAGAGAGGCGUCUGCUUCACGCUGGUGCAACACCACUGCCUGUUAGCCUCCCUGCUGCACGCUGCUAUGAGCUUCAGUCUGAGGGUCAAACCACUCAGUCUGUUUGAAGGCAAGGGUAAGAAUGCUUUCUUCAGAGAUCUGACGUCCAUCCAGUUGAUGCCCACUGGAGACAUGGACCCAGGCCUGGUCUCGCUACGACAAGAGUUCCUCCUCCGGGUGCUGACCGGCUGGGUUCAGGCUAUAGAUGAUCCUUCCAGCUCAGCCCCCGGCACCAAGACCCCCCCUCUGCCUUCUAGUGGCCCCAAGGCUGACUGGUGGCCCUCGCUGUGUCUGGAGCUAGGCUCCCUAUUGCAGGUCAACCCCGACAUCCUGAGGCGGCACAUCGUCUGCGAGCUUUACAACCAGGGCCUGGACCUCCGGGCUGAAGAGGUGAUGCUGGAGGUGGAAGAUAAGGAUGUGCUGGGCUCCCAGCUGUUGGUGCUGACUGGCCAGAGGCUGAGUUACUCGCUGCUUCACAGCCAGAGCCAGACGCAAGCUGCCAUGGAGCUGCUGGCCCGCCUCCCCCCCACCCUCUGCACGUGGCUCAAGGCUAUGGACCCUAGUGAGCUGCGGUGCCCCCUGGUCCCCCUGUCCCAGACCAGCAGGCUGGUCGGCCGUCUGAUUGAAAUCCUGCCAGAGAACCACGCCCAGUACAGCCUGGCCCUGCACCUUCUGGAGGCUGUGGAUGCCCUCACCACUGAGGACAAUACCUGAGGGGGGGGAGUGGGCAUGUGGUCACCUUUUUAAAGGAGUGGUCAUAGGAGGCAGGUGGAGAGAUGAUGAGGAAGAAAAUAACAAAGAAAUGAAAAUCUGUGAUGGAGGCAGAGAGGUGUUGUAUGUAUGGCGACUGCAGAUAGACCCCCACCACCACCACCCACUAUCUAAUCAGAACCAGGUCUGUACCACCUCAGGUUUGGAGUUGUGCAGUCCACAAAGAGAACGAUGAUGAACGGCCUUCUCACCCUCUUACAUCAUUGAGAUGGAGGACAUGGUGUGUUCUGUCAUUCAGCUCAUUAAUACGAUACCUUCGUCCUCACCACUUCAUUGUAGUAGGCUGUGGGUGGAUAGGAUAGGCUUUUAACUUUUUAUAAUCCAUAUUUUGGUGCAUGUAACAUAAAUUGUAUUGAAUACUUGUGUUAUUGAAGAGUAUUGUCUGAAUAUGAUUAUGAGAUGGUUAUUAAGGAAUGGGGCAUGUCUUUUCUUUGUCACUUCUCUCUUUCAAUCAGAUUAACCUCGAACGUCAGUGUGUUGGUGUCCUCACUGUGUGCCAUAUCAAGUUCUGUUCGACAUUUUCCUCUUUCACUUUCCCUUUCGUGGACAAGAGAUGUAUCAUAAAAUAUAUGGAGCUUAUUUUGUGUGUGUGUGUGUGUAUGUAUAUGUGUAUAUA